AGAGGAUGUUGGUGUUUGGUGGUGGAUGUUGGUGUUGAUGGUGAGUGUUGGUGUUGGUUAAUGCAAAGCAUGCAACCAGUGCUUCCGGUGCUUCGAUUUCACCGAUUUCUUCAGUCCUCCAGAUUCAGCCCAGGUCGAGUCUCCUUUAAAUAUCCACCGGAGUGCAUUUAAUUAAACCCGAAAAGCUCGUGCAUUCCCCCUGAGCACUAUUUCUCACCGAAGGUCCGGGAUGGCAGCUCGUUGCACGAGCUCAUACCGAGAGGGAGUGCGAGGAGAGCACGAGCAUCUCUCCGCCGCAGCAUCGCCUCCAUUGCGAUCACGUCCGACAUCCUGCAUGGUGGGUUACUCGUAGACUUGCGCGCACGCGAGCUUGUGGAGGUUGUUGUCUUGAUUUGUUUAUUGUUUUGUAUUAUUUUUUGCAUAUGAAUGCAUGCAUUCGCGUCGUCGCGUUCAUCUUUCGGUAUCUUGGUUUUUUUUUACGCGCCGCCGGGGAAUGCGAGCGAGGCAUCAUGGUGCGCAUCCUCAGCGCCCUCGGCUUGGUCAUGUUCAGCGUGGCUCUGCUCAUCCUCUCUCUCAUCAGCUACGUGUCCAUAAAGAAGGACGCCAUCUUCACGGGCCCCAAAUACCCGAGCGGCGGCGGCGGGCCGCGGAUGUACAUGUUUCACACGGGCUUCAGAUCCCAACUGGCAAUGAAGUUUCUGGACCCAGCGUUUUCAACCCUGAACAAUGCCCUAAAUGAGAACCUUCAGGACAAUUCAUCCAAGUGGAAGUUUAAUAAGACGGGCUAUUUAGAGCAAAGUAAAGAGAUUGCCCAGUACAUUGACGUGCCACGUAACUUUACCCUGACCAAGAGCAGCGUGCGUGUGGGUCAGCUGAUGCACUACGACUACUCCAGUCAUAAAUAUGUCUUUUCCAUUGGUGAGAACUUCCGCUCCCUCUUGCCGGACUCGUCACCCAUCCUUAACAAGCGCUACAACACGUGCGCCGUGGUGGGAAACAGCGGCAUCCUGACGGGCAGCCGGUGCGGCGGCGCCAUCGAUGCCUAUGACUUUGUCUUCCGCUGCAACUUCGCACCUACCGAGGUCUUCCGCAAGGACGUGGGCCGCCGCACAAACCUCACGACUUUUAACCCGAGCAUUUUGGAGAAGUACUAUAACAACCUGCUCACCAUCCAAGACAGGAACAACUUCUUCCUGAGCUUGAAGAAGCUGGAUGGAGCCAUUCUGUGGAUUCCAGCCUUUUUCUUCCACACCUCUGCCACGGUCACACGCACGCUGGUGGACUUCUUUGUGGAGCACCGGGGGCAGCUAAGGGUGCAGCUCGCCUGGCCUGGGAACAUCAUGCAGUAUGUCAACAGGUACUGGAAGACGAAGCAGCUUUCCCCGAAGCGCCUGAGCACAGGGAUCCUGAUGUUCACCCUGGCCUCGUCCCUGUGCGAGCAGGUUCACCUGUACGGCUUCUGGCCUUUCGGCUGGGACCCCAACACAGGCAAGGAGCUGCCCUACCACUACUACGACAAGAAAGGCACCAAGUUCACCACCAAGUGGCAGGAGUCUCACCAGCUGCCCACCGAGUUCAAGCUUCUAUUCAAGAUGCACACGGAGGGCGUCCUCAAACUGAGUCUCUCGCACUGCGCAUAGAGAUCGAAGAGUUCGGAAGGUCACAGGUCGCGGAGGUUUGCUAGCAUCGAUGACGUGACGUCAAGUGCCAAUCGACAACAUUCAGCCCAAUUUUAGGAUGCAGCAUUCACAAACAGCGUCCCGACUCGUACAGGAAGAUCGUUAGCCAUGCCGCGUGUUAGCAAACGCAGACCUAAUCCGGGGUUCUUUCUCUCAGCUUGUGUGUUUGCAUCUGACUCAAACCAGAAAUAAACUGAACCAGGACUUUUGAAAAUAUGUUCUCACCAAUCCAAGGACAGCUCAGAACAGAUACGCCAUGACGAGAGACAUUUCAAGAACCUGUUCGCUUUAAAGGCUGAUAUAAUUAAUAAACAUGAGACGUUAAUAUAACGUAGCUGAACGGGGAGCGAAGCAUUAUUCACCGUCGAGUGUUAAUGAACGCUAAAGGUGACGAUGCUUAACGGGAUCAGUUUUGUGUUCUCGAGAUCGUUCCAUCAGAAUGUAAUAAACGAAUGUAAUCAUGUCAUAGUCAUUUCAGUGGUUCGACGAGCGACUCUGAUUCUUCUGAAAACAUCACGCGUAGAUUCUCAUCUAUACGCCGGAUACGUGAACGUCAUCCCUAUAUAAACACGACCUCACAUAUAGACUAGACGUGUGCGAUGACUGAAUGUUUAGACUUAUUAUUGAGUUUAUUAGGCUUCGUAGGGUCCAUUCUGACAGGGAUAAACACUUCUGACUGGACAGCUGUCCUGUCAAUCAAUCAUAAAUGCAGGGAAAACCCUACCUGAACCAUUCAGUACAGGUUCUGGGUUUAUUUAAAGGAGCAAUCUGUAAAUCUUUGAUCUAUCUUCUGGCUGAAAUGUGAUUUGCAAGUAACUGCAGUGAAAGCACUGACAGGCCUUUGCUUCCCUCCCCACCCCACACCGAGCUUAUCAUUAUCGCUUUCAAGUUGCCUUUUAUUAAGAAAACGGGGCCGAGCUCAUUUCAGGGCCAGAAAUUUUCAAGCAAAAAGCCUGAAAUAAAGACUCUAGUGAGUCAUAUUGCACGGCAGUAUUUCAAAUGACAGUAUUUUUCCUACGAAAUCUUUAAACGAUCAAUAAGUAUUAGUGGGUCGAGGAACUCUAACACUUUAAUUAUUACUAACCGCACCUUUAAAAUCCAGAAUGCAGCAUUUUCUUGAUCUACAGAUAGGCUUUGUUCUGUGAUUGCUGACUUACUGAAAUGUUGCACAUUUAUGAAUGUUGUCAGAACGUGUGUGUGUGUGUGUGUGUGUGUGUGUGUGUGUGUGUGUAUCAGUGAGAAUUAUAUACCUGUAUGUUAAAAGACCAGAAUGUUGACAUGUUUGAUUCACGGUGAAGCUUCCGAAUAAAAGUGGGAUAGUUGA